AUGGGUUCUACACUGUCAGCCGUCAAAACGCUGAUAGUUCCUGCCGUAAUCUCCCUUAUCUUAUUUAUCGUUUGUUCCUACAUCCUUGUUCCGCUCUGGCGACAGUACCGUCAGCGAUACAGUCAGUACCUACCUCUCGAAACGAUAUCGAAUCAGACCUCGUCAUUUCGAGUCCGGGCACAGCACGCGAUUGCCAAAUGGCUCAUUCCGGCACGGUGGCGACAGAGUUUACAUGGGCGUCUUGUCACUGCCGAAGGCUCCGAUGCUGGCUUUGAUUCCGAUGAUGGGGAGGAGCUCGGAGACGUCGAUGAUGAUCGUAGACAUGCGCUUAGCUUGGAUACAAGCGGACGGAUAGAGCAUACGGAUACUAAUAGAAGGCUCAGCAGAGACUUGGAAGAGGGGUUCAUGGAUGACAGCGACGAAGAAGGGGACAACCGAGACAGAAAUCGGUAA